AUGAAUGUCGGUUUCUAUGCGAAGGCGAAUGCAAUGUUGAAUGUUGUGCUUAGAGACCUUAAGGAUGAAGAAGACUUGGUGCCAUGGAAAAGCUUCAUGGAGGGAUCGUUUCUGUCCUGCAGUGCGGGCAGUCCCUGGGCGGCGACACGCGACAGCGACGCCCCAUUUCGCAAGCACAUUUCUACCGUCCAUGGCCGCUCCCAAACGUCGCCUACUCUCUCCGCCGCCGCCGCCGCCGCCGCCGAAGCCGCCCCCGCCACCACCACUACCUCCUUCUCCUCCCGUUCUACUACUUCUAGGGCUACGGUGAGGGCUGAGAUGAGGCGUGAGACGGCACUGCAGACGAGCCUUUUGUCGCUCGCAGUGCUGAUGGCUGUUGUCGGUAUGUGUACCUUGUCCCUCAAGAAGAUGCUCGGAACAUACGCCUUCGGGAUCGUAGGGAUCGGCGGGAUCCUCCUGCCUGACUGGGAGUUCUUCGAUCGGGACUUCUCUGAGUGGUUCAAGCCCAUGACCGUUCGGAGGACCCACGCCGACUCCGACAACUGGAGAUUUAAUCUUUAUCCUCUACGGGUGACAAUGCUCACCCUGAUUUAUAGCUUUGGUAUUUACAAAUGGUGGAUGUUCAUAUCAAGCUAGCCCAGCACUUCAUCUUCUUCUUCAGAUUAUGUACCUUCUGGCUUCAAAGGAAGUGUUAAAUAUGAUCAGAUAAUGCUGUUGUCUAUACAUCUCACACAACGCGCGCGAGGACAAGUAGAUGCUUUAGACUUGUUUUAAUUUGCAAAGAAUGUAACUAUAUAGCAAAUUUCUUGUCUGUUCAUGUGUCAAUAUGAGAAUUUAUAUGCUAUUUGUUGUAUCAUGUACACUGGUGAAUCCUGUUUGGAGAUCAAUAGUUACUUUCCUUGGAUUGAA